AUGAAGGCCGAAAACCUCGAGUUCGGCGAGGCUAUCAGGCAACUGGCGCGACAGGUCGGCGUCCAGUUGUCGGAUGGAAGGAACUCUCGCUCUGAUCAUCCGGCCUUCCGGAUCAAUGAGGCGGCCUGCGCGUUUUUCCAGCGUACCCUCGCAUCCACCCAGGGGGCAGACGCUAGGUCCUAUAUGGAGCGCCGUGGCCUCGAUCGGGCCGCGUCUGAGGCGUUCCAGCUCGGAUUGGCCCCCGAAGAUGGGGAGUCGCUCCGCACUCACCUCUUGCGUGAGGGGUUCGAUGCGGCCCAGUUGGUGGCUGCGGGGAUUGUCAGAGAGGGAGAUGACGGCCAGCAGCGGGACCUGUUUCGGGGAAGGCUCAUCAUUCCGAUAAGGGAGGCAGAGGGGCGGCUGGCAGGAUUCGGAGGCAGGGCCCUCGACGAUUCGCAGCCCAAGUACCUCAAUUCUCCACAGAGCGAGGUGUUCGACAAGAGCCGCAUCCUCUACGCAUUGGACCGGGCGCGGGACAGCAUCAGGAGAGACGGCGCGGUCAUAGUUGAGGGCUACAUGGACGCGAUCGCCGCGCAUCAGGCAGGUUUUCAGAAUGUGGUUGCCUCCAUGGGGACCGCCCUGACCGAACCGCAGGUAAACACCAUCAGGCGGCUCACCGACCGCGUGACCAUGGCCCUUGACCAGGACGCGGCAGGCCAGCAGGCAACCCUCCGUAGCCUUGAGUCCUCUUGGCGAAUUUACCAUAGCAGGGUUGCAGGCCGUUCCGGGGACACCACGGUGCUGCAGCGACAGGAGAAUCCCGAGAUCCGGAUUGCCACCCUGCCGCCUGGGCAGGACCCAGAUGAAGUUAUACGGCGCUCUCCCUCAGAAUGGAAAGAGUUGGUGGAGAAUGCCAGGCCAUUGCUGGAAUUCGUGAUCUCCACCAUGUCUGCAAGUGUAGACACUUCGUUGGCACGGGGUAAGGCCGCCAUCGCCAACCAGGUAUCACGACUGAUCUUUACGGUUCAGGACGGGCCGCAGCAAGACCAGUAUUUCCGGAUGCUGGCCGAAAAAUUGGAGGUACCACUGGACACUCUGCGGGCCAGCGUCAGCAGGCCCGCUCAGGAACGGCGGCCGAGGAGUUCUUCUGCCGGACAGGCGCCCACCGAAUCGGGUGAGGCAGUAACGGCGUCGCCUUUCGCCCGCCUGGACCACGAUCCGUUGGAGGAGUACUGCCUCUCCCUAUUGCUGCGGCAUCCCGACCUGGGUGAAUAUGCCCAACCUCUUACCGAGGACAUGUUUCUGCGGGCGGAGAAUCGUGAGAUUUUCAGCCGACUCCUGUUGGAUGCUGCCUCGCUAACCGAACAAGAGGAGAUCGAGGAAAUUCAUUCAAGAGCGGAGGAAUUUAACGAUGGGCCGCUUGGAAUUCGUGAACAGCUCGAGUCAUUGAAGGCAAGGACACUCCCACCAAUGGAUCUCUUGAAGCGGAGACGAGCUCUCGGAGAUGUGGUGGCCCGCCUAGAAGAGCGCAAUCUCCGACAGCAGAAAAAGGAUGAGUACGAUCGGUUCGUCGAUUCACCCGAAGGAUUGAACGAUGAGGACCAUAGAACUGCAGUGGCCCUCAACGAGAGGCUGAAAAGAAAUCAGGAGACGAGAUCGGGCCUCAGGGCCAGUCAUUAG